UGUCCGUUCGUUCGUCCGUCUGUCAGUGUGCGCCUGCAGGCGUGAGGGUGCGUGUCUGUGUGCUUGUGGGGGUACAUGCUUGUGGACUUCUAUGGGUGUAUGUCUGUACGAUGUGUGGGGCUGUGCAGGAGAGUGCCUGUGUGUGCCUGUGUGUCCACACCCGUGCGCUGCAUGUGCAAGCCUGUUUUGGGGUGUAUAUGGUGGUGUGUGUGAGCAUCCCUGGACAGAAUGUGUGUGGAGAGCUGUGUGUGUGCAGCUCAGGAGAGUCACAGGUGAGCUUAUAACUAGACCUACAUGUACUUGGGUAAGUGUGCGUAUAUGUGAGGGUGUAUUCAGAUGCACACACAUCUGUAUGUGAAGGUGUGUGCCCAUGUAGCUCUGUGCUUUGGUCUGAGAAUGGAUGCACCUUGAUGUGUUUCUGCGUGCUGUGGUGCCCAAUUGCAGGGUGUAUGCACAUCCAGGGCAGCAGGCGUGUGUCUGUGUGUGUGAUCUGUCCCUGAGUGUGUACGUGUGUAGGUGUGCAGGAUACCCUGCAGGUGCUUACCCUGCACCCCACAGGACGUCAAGGCGGCCAUGAGGCUCCCGCUGGCUUUCACCGUGCUGCUGCUGGUCUCGGCACAGGCACUGGCUGAUGAGGUGGCAGCUCCCGAUGACCUCAGCUACUGGGCAGACUGGGCCGACGGUGAGCAGAAGGAGGAGCUGCCGCUUCCCCUGGAGCACUUUCUGCAGAGGAUGGCAAGGAGACCCCGGCCCCAGCAGUUCUUUGGCCUCAUGGGCAAGCGGGAUGCGGGAUAUGGCCAGAUCUCCCACAAAAGGCAUAAAACAGACUCCUUUGUUGGACUUAUGGGGAAAAGAUCUUUAAGUUCCGGAUCCUCUGAAAGGAGCAUAGCACAGAAUUACGAGCGAAGGCGUAAAUGAUACAUUCCUGUGCGUUAUUUAUUGAAUUUCAUUUGUUCAAAUGGCCAAUGCAGUGUAAUAUAAACUAACCACUGUAUGGAAUAAUUAUUUAUUUAACAAUACUAAAUGGUUUUGCGUUGUUUUUUUUUUUUUUUUUUUUUUUUUUUUUUUUUUUUUGAGUAAGACGUUCAAUAAGAUGAUUAUUUUUCAUGUAGUGGCAGCGACACGUGUUGCGUAGGAACAUUGGGUCCUGGAAGGACACCUCCUUCAGGACCGGCCACCUUGGUGACGUCUCACAACAAAGCACAUUGUUCAAUAUGACCUGUAGAGUUAUGUUCACCAAACAAAGGUUCUUUUAUUCAUCAAAAGUGAGUCUGUAUCAGCUUCACAACCAUGCAGAACAGAGCUGAUGUACAGUCUAGUGCCUCGAUUUGUUUUCAUGGUUUUUAAUGUACUGUAAUUUCUGUAUCAAAAUAUAUUUGUAUCAUUGCAGCAUGUUUUACGUUUUCUGACUACAUAUCUAUAUAUUUUAAAAAGGUGGGAGGGGUAAGGUUUGAAUGUGAAUCCGAAGUCUUCGUUUCAUAGCCUGGAAUUUUAUGAUAGUAACAUUUUAAAUAAAAUCUACUCUGGGGAUUUUGCAACAUACUUCCUUUGGUGAUAGUGAUGGCAUUAUUUCCAGAAUGAGACACGGAUCCACGCAACUCAGACUAGAAAACACAGCAAUGUGUAAUGACUUCCUUUUGCAGGGAGGCUGUGGGCCUCCUCCUGUAGGGCCAGCGAAAGCUCUGGGGGAUUUGCUACUGGAGGCAGCAGCUCUGGGUCACUCAAGGUGCCACUGAAUCUCACCCCUAUGGAAUCCAAAGUCUGUGCUGACUGAGUGAGAAGGGCCCACCGUGUCCUCCAGCUCAUUUGCUGUGGAUUUCAUCCACUAUUGUCUGUUAUUUGAAAGCCAAGCUUUUAAUAAAUUGUAGCCCUCUGAUUCACAAUAAAAACACCUGUUGACUUGGACCAAUGCAAUGUAAGAGAAAAA